AUGUCGCAAGUUAGACAAAAUUUCCACAAAGACUGCGAAGAUGCAAUUAAUAAACAAAUUAAUAUCGAACUGAAAGCGAGCUAUGCUUAUAUGGCUAUGGCUUACCAUUUUCACAGAGACGACGUAGCCCUUUUGGGUUUCCACAAAUACUUCAAAGAAGCAUCGGAAGAAGAACGAGAGCACGCCUACCGGCUCAUGGAGUACAUGAACAAACGGGGCGGUCGCAUAAUCCUCAGCGAAAUACCGGCUCCUGCGAAGCAGGAAUGGCCCACCGCCGUGGAGGCCAUGGCGGAUGCCCUGCAACUGGAGAAGGAAGUGAACGAGAACCUCCUGAGCCUGCACAACGUCGGCUCCGGGCACAUGGACAUCAAUCUGUGCGACUUCCUGGAGACGCACUAUCUGCAGGAGCAAGUCGACGCGAUGAAGGAGAUCGGAGACCACGUGACGAAUUUGAGAAGGGUCGGGGAAGGGCUCGGAACGUUCAUGUUCGACAGAAAGUUGGCUGAAUAA